CGUAUGCACAGCUCCUUCAGAGGCGAAAUGGAGGCGCUACCCCGGGAAGAGCUCCCCCCGCCCAUGGUGACGACCGUUCGUCAUUUUCGUCAGUCGAGCCUUUGGGGGGAGGACAAUUGUGACAUUUUGGUUCAAGUCACCCCCCUUUGCAACAGACUGAUUGAACGGAAUGAACAUGUCCGAGGUGGACCUCAUGACCUACAUGCUCAACCCCGAGAUCUUCCAGAUCAAGGACGGGCGCGUGGAGGUGCUGCAGGGCCCGGGCCUCGGCAUCGAGAUCAACGAGCCAUUGCAAUUGGUGCGCGAGGAGGCGAAGAAGUACGGGGAGAUGAAGAAGUACAAGCCGUGGAUGAGCCAGACGUGGCGCGGGGAGGGCGGGGGGUUGCGCGAGUGGUAGAUUUGAAGAGCACUUAAACGCAAUGUGGAAUUGUAUCUUCCCAGCGGAUGUCGGAUUAACGGGCCGUUCGGGCCGCGCCACAUCGACGCCAUCUGCCUUUCCCCAACCUUUCCCUUGAAGCUGCACUUUCAUUCUGGCGGUCAUAGUAGAUCACGGCCCGUGGGUGGUGUACUGUCCAAUAGAAAAAACCGACUCUGGGCUCAAGCCUCAG